UACAUUUCACAGGUGAAAACUACUGUAUAUUUCGAAAAAAGGAAUCACAAUAUUUUAAUUUAAAGAAAAACGCUUGUCGUUUGAUAAUAGUCAGAUGAGUAAAAGUGAAAAACUAUUAUCACUGGGCAAACGACAUCGUUUCGGUAAUAUCAGGUUUAUUUGCUCCUCUUCUUCUCCUUCACUCUUUCUGUUCAUCAGUAAAACCCUAAAUUAGAAGCACAUAAAACUAAAGAAUCAAAAUUUGGAAAAUAGAGAUAUAGAAAAUGGUGAUAGAAAGUUAUGUACUAGUACACAACAUAGCGAAAAGACACAACGUAGGUACAUUAGCAAGAAGCGCCACCGCCUUCGGGGUGACGGAGCUAAUACUCGUCGGCCGGAGAGACUUCAACGCUUUUGGCAGCCACGGUUCCACUUCUCAUCUCCGGUUUCGCCACUUUCACUCUCUCCUCAAUGCUCGUGAUUACCUCAAGGAGAAGGAAUGCGAUAUUUGUGGAGUGGAGAUCACUGAUGGUGCUUUACCUGUAAAUGAACAUCCUUUUAAGAAGAGUACAGCUUUCCUUCUUGGAAAUGAGGGAACAGGGCUAUCUGCCAAGGAAUGUGAGAUAUGUGAUUUUUUUGUGUAUAUUCCACAGUAUGGGCGUGGUACAGCCUCAUUAAAUGUCACUGUUGCUGCUUCUAUUGUUUUGCAUCAUUUUGGAGUUUGGGCAGGCUUUUCUGAGAGAAUCCGUGAGGGAAGUAAGUUUAUUGUGGCAGACAGGCCUAUGAAACAGGGGAGAUACUGCACAGAAACAGAAGAAUCUAUCAUUGAAGAGCGGAAAUCUAGAAAAGAACAUGGCUCGAAUGGAUUCUUUGAUGAGACCAAAAAUGGAGAUUCAAGCUCCAAUCUUCUGGACAUUUUGUUUAUUGAAGAGUGAUUGAACACAUUAAUGUCAUUUUCCAAGGCUGAUCCAACAUAUUGAUGGCAAGAAAUUCUUGAGGUGUGAGGUCAUGGAUCUUUGUUACUCAACUGUUGUAAACAAGCAGCAAGAGACUUAUGCACUCACCCAGUCAGUGCUGAGAAAAGCCUAUCACUGACAGUUUCCGAAUUAACCCAUAGAGUCAAAUGGUAGGGUUAUAAGGUUUGUCGGUUUUCUCCUAAAGGAGAAACAAUAAUUGUAGUAAAGUAUGUCGUUUCUUCCUUUUCUGAAGAAAGGUUGUGAAGUCUCAUUGGAUCGAACAUUAUUGUCAUCUCAUUUCGUCUCUAUUAGCAAUAAUAUAUCUACUCAUCUUGUUCGUUGCUUUUAA